AUGCAUUUCAUUGAUGAGGCAACCUUGUUUCAUGUUGGGGUUCAUAGUGGGCGGAGUUUUGAGGAACAAGUGCAUGCCCUUGAAACCGCAUGGACACAGUGGGCAGGACCAUGCAAAUUGAUAUACCUCGAUCCUGCAGGGGAAUAUGCGACAGAAGCCUGGGCGACUUACCUUCAAUCCGAAGGUAUUAAAGUUUCCAUGACAGCAGCUGAGGCACACUGGCAAAAUGGUAGGUGUGAGGUACAUGGAAAGAUUGUCAAGGACAUGUUGACUCGUAUGGAGGGUGACUCACCGGUGUUGACAGAGGUUGAUUUUAGGAAGAACCUACGCCAAGCUUUUGCUGCCAAAAAUUCUCUCAGCCGCAUUCAUGGAUACACCCCAGAACAAUGUCUUUUGGGAAAAUCACGAGCAUUGCCAGCUUCCCUUGUCAGCGACGAUGAUGCCAGCAGUCAUGUGCUGGCCGAAAGCAACUCACCUGAAGGCCAAUGGUUUAGGGACAGUUUGCAGCGACGCGAAGCAGCUAGGAAGGCAUUUGUUCGGGCUGACAACGAUUCGGCCUUCAGAAGAGCGUUGCUCCGGCGUAGCCGACCAGGUGUGCUGACUUUUGAGCCAAAAGACUGGGUUCUGUAUUGGCGAAGAUCAAAGGGGAACAAUCGUUUGGAACAUGGGCGUUGGCAUGGGCCAGCCCAAGUUAUUGUGGUUGAAGGAAAAAAGGUAGUUUGGCUCAGUCACCUUGGUAGGAUAAUUCGGGCAAGCCCGGAACAACUACGUCCGGCUUCGUUGAGAGAGUACCACAAAUUACCCAAAGAUUCAAUGGGGAAUGCUAUGGAUGAGACACCAAGGGGCAGGGGUUACCUUGAACUUGAGGAUAUCCCAGAGGAUAAUCAAUUGGGAGAGGCAGCCCCCUCUGAAGCUUACUCACCAUCUUUGGGACAAAGUGGACCACAAACUCCUCACAGCACCUCUCAACCGGACAAUGAAGAAUUCCCCCCAGACUCAGGUCAUGGAACGUCAGCACCAUCUCUAGGAAAUGAAGAGAGUGAACAGGGGGAUGAUGGGGAUGACGGAAAGUUGGAACCACAUGAGAUUCCUGUACCUGAUAGUGAUGAUGGUAAGUAUAGCCUUUUUGACGAAACAGAAGUGCUGAAACAAAGGGCUAACCGCCGUGAGAAGUUAAAGUGGCUGCAUGGAGAACAG